UACCAACUUAGUAUAUUUAGUGACAUACUAACAAAUGUAAUAACUAAUGUAAUAAUAUCUUUCUCUUUGAGUCCCCACCAUGACAGCUUCCUUACCUUAGCAACUACUUCCACCGUUAUCUCGCUCGACUCGAUAAAACUUGAGUUACAGAAGCUCAUAAAGUAAUUAGUGUAUAUAAUAUACAUCGUACAUUCUCAUUUUUUAUAAUUACUGAUCAUUACUGAUACAACGUGUUCAAUCAACAUCAGGGUACAUUAAGAAAAAUAAUAUAUAUUUUUUUACCUACUGUACAUCAACUUUACAGUACUUACUAUACCAUACUGUACUUUGAAAAACGUAUUUCAAUAUAUUCUAUUGUAAUUACUGGGAGGUUUUUUAAUUUUCAUAGCAUUUAUCAGUGUGUGUAUGUCUGUGCCUACGGAUUAUUCCCAUAAGAGUGUCUUGCACCCUUAUCAUAAACCUCAACAAUUAUUAAAUAAACUCGGUAACUCUCAAUUGGAUACAACUCAAUCAGGAUUCUAUUGAGGAGUCGUGAUAACAACAGAGGCAUGAUGUCAAAUGAAUCAACGAAGAAAGCGCGAAUAAUGAAUCAAAAAGAUAAUAUGACUUCAAUAGAAUGUAGGAUGAGACUAAAACCAAUUGUUCCAAUUGAAUUUACAGAAGAUAUACCACUACAUGAUGCUUAUGUUGGAAUCAUAAAAGACAAAAAAAAUUUUGCUGUUGCAAUAAAAAUCAUCGCUGCUAUUCUACCUGGAUUUGGACAUUUGAAACGAUGCUUUAACAAUAAAUUACUUUUGUCAUACAUAAACAAAAAAUCUGAUCCAGUUAAACCAUCAUUCGAAACGGAAGUUGAAUUAAAACAAUUUCUAGUUGAUAAAAAAUUUGAUUUAAAUCUGUUUGAAGAUAAUUUUGCAAUUAUUUCAAUUCCUAAAAUAGCAUCAAAAAGCUUAGAACAAGCAAAAAAAGCUGCUAAAUAUUGGCCUGUUAGUUUUCAUCUUGACACUGAACUUGAAUCUAUUAUGAACGGAACAUUUUUUACGUUAAAUCAGGUUGAUGUUAUUCAAGCUUGUAUGAAAGUUUGUAUUGAGGCGACAAAAAAAGCGACUGUGGGUAAUGAUAUAUGUAACGGUGCCGCAGUAAUUUUAAAUCCAAAUGAUUGUGGUGUUAGUAAAAUACUUGCAAUUUCAGCAGCUAGAUUACAUGAACAUCCUAUGUGGCAUGCAUCAAUGCUUGCUAUAGAUUUGAUAGCUGCAAUGAGAGGUAAAGGUGCUUGGAAUUUAAUAUCUAAUGUCAAUGAUUUUAUAUAUGAUAAUAGUAGAAAAAGAAAAUUACAAUCUAAUCUUCCACUUUGUUAUCCACAAACUUUGAGGGCUAUUGACGUUCCAAAAUUUAAUUAUUCUACUAAUAUUAAAUCUAAAACUAAAAAUGAUAACACACAAGAGGAUUGUAAAUAUUUGUGUACAAAAUAUUGGAUAUUUCUUGUUCAAGAGCCAUGUGCUAUGUGUGCAAUGGCAUUAGUACACUCAAGAGUGGGAAUGGUAUUUUAUAGCACCAGUAAUAAAAGUUAUGGUGUUUUAGGAAGUAAAACAUCACUAAAUACACUGCCUGGUUUAAAUCAUCGUUAUAAAGUAUGGUGUUGUGCCCUUGAGCAAGAUUGUUCUGAGAAUGUAAUGGAAAUUUACCAAUCAACCAACUAAAUGCCAGCAUUAAAAUUAGGCAAGUCUUAUGUGUACUCCAAAAUGAAUAAACGCUUAGGAAUGGUUCAUAUAAAUUAGCGUCCACGUGAAUGCCGUCAAUGUCAACUGGAAUUGAAGUUAAUUCAUUUGAAUGUCAAGUAAUAACUUUUCAAAUAGAAGAACAAGUAAAAUUGGAUAAACGUCUUUAACAAAAGAGGGAGACAUUGAAUAAGAGGAAAGAUACCUUGGUAAAAUACAGGACGUGUCUAUAUGUUUUGUCCGGGCGUCGGUCCCUGAGUGGUUCCAAUUGACUUACAGUCUAAGUUGGUUCUUAUUGGCCAGACGGUUGAUCCCCUGACUCCUGAGACACAAACGCUACGCCAUUACAACAACGGUUUCCGUCAUCAUCUUUGUCGUUGCUUAAAUGAUCGCCUUCUUCAUCAGCUCCAUAAAAUUUUGUAUAUGCUUGUCUCUGUAAACCUUUAUCAUCGUCAUCACCGCUACUGCUAAUCCACCACUGUCAACGUUACUGGUGAUACUCUGAUUACUCUACUUAUGUUAUUCGUUUGAAAACAGUUGAUCGUGUAGCUUCGAGGGAUCAAGUAUCUCAGCUCCGAUCUCAUAUAAUAUUCUCAAUCACCAAUAGUCACUGUUAGUGAAAGUCUAUUUGGAAUUUAAACUAUAAUUAAUACUUAUCAUAUCUACCUUUUACGAUAACGACUUUAAGUUCAUUUUAUUUUUAGAGCAUCAAUAUCAAUUACUUUUUUGUUAAUAUAUUUUGGAACGUGACUGUGAAAGCAUCAGGGACUCGAUUGAGCCUGUAAAGGCCUUUCGUGCCUUGAAAUUGAGUCUUCCAGUAAUUCAAAUACAAGUAAUCCAUAAUAUUUCUCUGGAGAUAUUUAAAUUUUUUAUCGGAGUUGAAAGAAGAAAAUGAAAUACUAGUAAAAUACAAAGAGAAAAAACAACUAUUGGAAAGUUGGCACAAUUGUGUGAUUUUUUCCAAUCGAAGAAUAUCUAUUAUUUUAUCAUCAUGGAGAGAAGAAUUUUGAAAAUGUUGUGACUAAGUAGCAAGCUGCAAGGCCUUCGCCGCCGUCCAAGACACUAAUGAGUGUGUGAACAGUAGUAUAGAAAAAAAAAAUUAAGCUGCAGUUAAUGAAAAUAGAAAGAAAUAUAUAAUCAAUCCGCAAAAGGAGUUUAUUGUUGAUCAAUAUUGUUUAUUUGUUGACGUGUGAUUGAUGUGCAAAUAAUUAAAGUUAUCUAAUAAUACGCGUUCUUCUAAAGUAUUUAACAAGUUGUUGAUAAUAUUUGUUGUAACAGAAAACAUUUUGAGCGGAUUUAAUUGAUGAAUCAGUUAUUAAAUAAAUUGUGGUGAAAAA